AAUUUUCAAUAUAAAAUGGGAAGAGACUGUUUUCUUGUGAUGUCAAUCAUCAGUCCUACCUUGACGAACUUUUUAUUCAUCAUGUUUGCAGUGACCAUUGCAACAUUAACUGAUCUUGGUUUCCUCUGGUUUAGAGAAUUUUAUUUGGAGUCUUCUCGUGUUAUCCAGUUUCCCAUAGAAUGCUCUCUUCCAUGGAUGCUAGUGGAUUCUGUGAUUGAGUCCCAGGAUGCAGGUCUACUUGAGAGCAUACUGAUGCCAUUUGACAUCUAUAAUGAUUCUGCCCAACAUGCAUUGGUUGUGCUGAAGCAGCGUUUCCUCUAUGAUGAAAUUGAAGCUGAGGUGGAUCUUUGUUUUGAUCAACUGGUUGUAAAGUUGAGUGAAACUAUUUUCACAUAUUAUAAAAGCUGGGCAGCGAGUGAGCUACUUGAUCCAUCUUUCAUCUUUGCCUUGGACAAUGGAGAAAAAUAUUCUAUUCAACCAAUUAGAUUCAAUGCACUGCUAAAGAUGACCAGGGUGAAGCUAUUGGGAAGGACCAUUGAUUUAAGGAGCUUAAUUGCUGAACGUAUGAACAAAUUAUUCAGAGAGAACCUUGAAUUUCUGUUUGACCGUUUUGAGUCUCAGGAUCUGUGUGCUAUUGUGGAAUUAGAGAAGCUCGUUGAUAUCUUAAGACAUUCCCAUGAAUUGCUUUCGAAAGAUCUUUCAAUGGACUCAUUCAGUCUGAUUUUGAAUGAGAUGCAAGAGAACAUCUCUCUUGUUUCCUUUUCUAGUCGACUUGCUUCCCAGGUGUGGGCAGAGAUGCAGAACGAUUUCUUGCCGAAUUUUAUCCUUUGCAAUACUACUCAACGUUUUGUUAGAUCAUCUAAAGUAUCCCUUGUUCCUGUUCAAAAGCCAUCAGUUCCCUAUGCCAAACCUAUCUUCUAUUGUGGUUCUCAAGAUCUAAAUACGGCUCAUCAGAGUUUUGCACGAUUGCACAGUGGAUUCUUUGGAAUACCUCACAUGUUCUCAAUUGUCAGACUAUUAGGAGUUAGGUCAUUGCCAUGGCUUAUUCGAGCUCUUCUGGAUUCUAUUUCAAGCAAGAUAACAACACUUGAACCAAUGAUUAGUGGAUUACAGGAAGCAUUGCCAAAAUCUAUUGGACUGCUUCCCUUUGAUGGAGGUGUUGCAGGUUGUCAGAGGAUGGUUAAGGAACAGCUUAACUGGGGAUCGAAAUCCGAGCUAAAGGCAGAAGUUCUUCAUGGCAUAAAGGAAAUUGGAAGUGUAAUAUACUGGAUGGGUCUUCUUGAUAUUGUGUUGAGAGAAGUCGAUACUACACAUUUCAUGCAGAUAGCUCCAUGGUUGGGUUUGAUUCCUGGAGCUGAUGGGCAAAUAUUCCAUUCUCAAGAUGGAGACAGCCCUAUUGUCUCCCUAUUCAAAUCUGCAACUGCUGCAAUCACAUCAGACCCUAAAUGCUCAAAUCGAGCAUACUUCAACACCAUAUCAAAACAGGCAGAAGCUGCUGAUAUGUUGUACAGGGCGAACAUGAAUACAAGGAGUGUCCUGGAAUACAGCCUUGCUUUUACAAGUGCUGCAUUGGAUAAAUAUUGCAGUAAAUGGAGUGCAACUCCCAAGACUGGGUUCAUUGACAUUACAACUUCAAAGGACUUCUAUCGUGUAUUCAGUGGCCUUCAAUUUGGAUAUUUAGAGGAGUCUGUUCACACACCAUCACACAAUCAUGAAGUUUUAGGUGAUUCAGUGGCUUGGGGUGGUUGCACUAUCAUAUAUUUGCUUGGUCAACAGCUGCACUUUGAGCUCUUUGACUUUUCAUAUCAGCUCCUUAAUGUUGCGGAAGUGGAGAUUGCAUCAAUUGCGCAAACAAUUAAGCAUGCUAAUAACGUGCAGGGGUGGGAAAACCUAUUAGAAGCUAUGAAGAAAGCAAGGAGAUUGAACAAUCAUGUGUUUUCAAUGCUGAAAGCACGUUGCCCACUUGAAGACAAGACAGCAUGUGCUAUCAAGCAAAGUGGUGCCCCUCUUCAUAGAAUCAAAUUUGAGAACACUGUAUCAGCUUUUGAAACAUUGCCUCAGAAAGGUGCCUGAAUAACCUCACCGGUGAAGCGUGCAGUUGUGCUGUACUUUUGUAAGUUUCCAAUUUUUAAUUUUUCACAGCUGACAUUCUAAGUGUUUCUGUAGCAACUGUAGCCCCACACUUACUGUUUUCACAGCUGUGUAGACAAUGAACUUUUUCCUCUUGAAGGGUCAAUAGGUGCACAGGUUCGAAGUGUC